CAAGCUAGAAGGGGGAGGCUGCUUCUUGUCACUCUAAGCCUUAUAGAAAUGUAUCAGAGAGUAGGAGACAAUCCCUAAGCAAGAGCUGCUUGUAAAUUGCAAUUGUAGGAUCUAGCAAACUGACAGGCCCCUGUUACCCAAACCAUCAACUUUCCUUCUCUGCAAUUCUAUCAUUAUUUGCUCUGGGAUUUUUCUUUUGUCACUUACAAACCCACCAAGCCUGUUUCCUGGACUGCUGGUAGCGAGAAGAGAGCUCUUUCCAGGGCUGCUAAACUCCCCAUCCCCGCAAGUGAAAGGAUCCUCUUCUCUAUUUCUCUUUUCCUUGCAGGACUUUGGGACUCAUUGAUGCACCCAUUUCAGUGGUGUAACGGGGCCACAAAUUGGGAAUAAACCUGUUAAAAAAAGGACUCAAGACAGGGCCUUGUAUCUCCACUGUAUUGUGCUAAACAUACAAAAGGGACAUGAAGACAAAAUCAAGUAUAUUCGAUGCUUCUGUGGUUUGGGACUGAUUUAUACCAAUAAAUCGUGCACAAUGCCUCCCAUCACCUUCCAGGAUCUACCGCUGAAUAUCUACAUGGUCAUUUUUGGCACCGGCAUCUUUGUCUUUGUGCUCAGCCUCAUCUUCUGCUGCUACUUCAUCAGCAAACUUCGGCAUCAGGCACAGAGUGAAAGAUUUGGAUACAAGGAGGUGGUCUUGAAAGGUGAUGCCAGGAAGUUAAAUUUGCAUGGGCAGACCUGUGCCGUCUGCCUGGAAGACUUUAAAGUGAAAGAUGAGCUGGGAGUGUUGCCAUGCCAACAUGCCUUCCACAGAAAGUGUCUAGUGAAAUGGCUGGAGGUUCGCUGUGUCUGUCCUAUGUGCAACAAGCCCAUCACAGGCCCCACGGAGCCCCACCAAGGCAUUGGGACACUCCUGGAUGAGCUGGUGUGAGGGCCUUUUUUCUCCCCCCGUAAAGCCAAACAGCCAUCCAGACGGACCAUUUCCUGGUGAUCUCUGCACUUAACCCCUCCACCCACCUCUCCUGUGGAUUGCUAAGCCAGCAGCCCGUGAUACCUCCUGCCAUGGGCAUAUGGCCCCCUUGUAACCCCUGGGACAGAUCCAUUGCCAUGAGCGCAGGAGGAAAGCAAGCUCCGUCCCCCGUGAAGUACACAGAGGAGGAGGGGUUGGCCCAACUCUGGGGUCAUUGGGACCUGAGCGUCAAACUGCUGAUGCAUGAAGGGCCUGGGAGACUUAACUGUGCCCCUUCCUAGCUGAUCUUGCACGGACGUCUGAUUCCUUGGCACCAGGCUUCUGAAACUGGAUAUUCCUCGCAGAGACCACCCCGUUCAGGGUGGGAAGCAAGGCAGGAGCCUCCUCCCCAACCCCCCAGGGACUGUGGUUCAAACCUACCUGCCACUGCUGUUCUUAAUAAGUUUACUAUCACCCUCUUUCAAAACCAGAACUUACAUUUAGGGCCUUAACUCUUCCAUAGGUCCCUUCUAAAGGCCAAAGCUUUAGCUCUACUACAGCCAGCCAGGAAUUGUCCCCUGACUGUUGGAACCACAGUACUGAUUCUCAUCUAUGGCCCACUGAUGGGAUCUCUUUGUCUUAAAAAAAUAAUAGUCAGUGUUUACAUAGGGCCUGAAUAAAAACAGAAGCCACAGAGGGCAUGUCAUGACUGAUUAGAUCCUGUUGGCAGAGCUGGACUGUUGCAAGAGUGGGAGGGGUGUUUAGGGAACCACAGCUGGGGGGCAGGGAAAUGCCCCAUGUUGGACAUUAAUAUUCCUUUCUUGUGUCAGGCUAGCAAGACCUUUUAGCUGCUGGUGGAGAUGGUCUGGAUAUGUUUCAAAUACAAAGCAAGUUUUUCUUUUGAAUUAUUUUUAAUUUAAACUUGGAGGCUGUUUUUUUUUAUUUUGUUUUUAAAGUCACCUCUCAGAAUUUCCUUCCAGCUCAGAUUGCGCAAAACGGUAAAACCGCUCUGAAAUAUUCUGUUUUGUAUGUUGAAAGUGAACUGUCACUGUUUGCAUAAGGCAGAAAGUUUGGGGAGAGGGAGGGGCUGAUGGGUGGAAAAUCCAGUCUGGAUUCCCCCACCUCCUCCCCACUAUGUUGCACUGUAAAUAAUAUUUUUGUAUGUAUUACUUUCCUGACUGUCUCAGGCUUCCUACACACCCCUGAGGAUGGGGGAUGGACAGUUUUAUGUAAAACAAUAAUUAAACUGAAGACAUCUCAGUCUAAAUUGUGAAUGUUUGUUGCUAGCAAGGGGGGUCUGGCAGUAAGUUCUCAAAGCAUAAAGAAGUGUCUUUUCUUUAGACACACACUAAGUUGUGUGAUUGGGGGGUCCUCCAUAAACAUUCACA